UAGGAAGGUAGGCGGUGGAAGAACUCAGCGAUGAUCUUGAGCAGAGCUCAGGAGCUCUCUCCAUCUUUCGCCAUAACUCUCUGCUCUUCCUUCUCCUUAAACCCUAGCUUAAACCCCAACUUCAGUUUCCCUAAUAUGCGCUCUUCGACUCUCUUCCUUCUCCGCUCAUUAUCUCUUACCCUUCGGCACCACAACCACCGCAACAGCUGCCGGCUUUUCCUUUCUCUCUCCACCCUUCCCCUUCCGUGCGUAGUAGCCGCCGCAGCCCGAGAUUACCCUUUCCGGCCACGUAUUCGGUCCCCACUCGCCAGAACCGGUGCUGCUUUCGUCGAGCACUUGGCGCACGGAGCGGGAGUUUCGGCGGGAGAGGAGGAGGCGGUGGUGGAGGAGGAGAAGUGGGAUUUCUCUAAUUACAGUGGCGAGAGUGGGGCUUUUGUGUUCGAAGAAGAAAGCGGGGCGCGGGUUGCUCGCAACGAAACUAAGCACUUGGAGUCUCCGGAGUUGGAGGUGAAGGAAUUGGAGGAUUUGCCGGAGCAAUGGCGGAGGGCAAAGUUAGCCUGGCUGUGCAAGGAGCUGCCGGCGCACAAGGCGGGAACGCUUCUGAGGAUCCUCAACGCGCAGAGGAAGUGGAUGCGCCAGGAGGAUGCCACGUAUGUCGCCGUUCACUUCAUGCGGAUUCGCGAAAACGAGGCUGGUUUCAGGGUCUACAAAUGGAUGAUGCAGCAGAGUUGGUAUCGAUUUGAUUUUGCUCUUGCUACCAAGUUGGCGGAUUACAUGGGUAAGGAGGGGAAGUUUGCAAAAUGCCGACAGAUAUUUGACGACAUAAUCGAUCAAGGACGAAUUCCUAGUGAAUCUACGUUUCACAUUUUAAUUGUUGCGUACCUUAGCACACAAGUUAAAGGUUGUUUGGAGGAAGCCUGCAGCAUUUAUAAUCGAAUGAUUCAGUUGGCAGGUUACCAACCCCGCCUUAGUCUGCAUAACUCUCUUUUCCGAGCACUGGUGAGCAAACCAGCUGCUGCUUCAAAACAGUGUCUAAAACAAGCUGAGUUCAUCUUUCAUAAUUUGGUGACAUCAGAUCUUGAGAUACAUAGGGAUUUUUAUGGCGGUCUAAUAUGGUUACAUAGCUACCAAGAAACCAUAGAUAAAGAAAGGAUAGCAAACCUUAGUGAAGAGAUGAGACUUGCGGGUAUUCAGGAGAGCAAAGAAGUCCUUGUGUCCAUAUUGAGAGCUUGCUCAAAGGAGGGGGAUGUAGCAGAAGCGGAAAGAACUUGGCUGAAACUACUCCGAUGUGAUGGUGGUAUCCCUUCUCAGGCUUUUGUAUAUAAAAUGGAAGUUUAUGCAAAGAUUGGCGAGUUCAUGAGAUCUUUGGAAGCAUUUAAAGAAAUGAAGGAGCAACUUGGUUCUCCCAGUGUUGCAGCAUACCACAAGAUCAUAGAGAUCUUCUGCAAAGCUCAACAAAUCGAGCUUGCAGAAUCCUUGAUGAAAGAGUUUGUAGAAAGUGGUAAGAAGCCACUUAUGCCAUCUUAUAUUGAUCUAGUUGAUAUGUACCUCAGUUUGGGUUUACACAAUAAGCUGGAGUUAACUUUCGUUGAAUGCAUGGAGAAAUGUAGACCGAACAGAACUAUUUACAAUAUAUACUUGGAUUCUUUGGUUAGAGUCGGUAAUCUUGGCAAAGCAGAGGAGAUUUUCAAUGAAAUGCAAAGUAAUGGGACAGUUGGUGUUAGUACACGCUCGUGCAAUACUAUUUUGCGCGGAUACCUUGCUUCUGGAGACUACGUAAAGGCAGAAAAGAUAUACGAUAUCAUGUGCCAGAAUAAAUAUGACAUUGAAUCUCCCUUGAUGGAACAGCUUGAUCGUGUCCUAAGCUUGGUCAGGAAAGAUGUUAAGAAACCGGUAAGCCUGAAGUUAAGCAAAGAACAACGAGAGAUUCUUGUAGGUUUGCUAUUAGGCGGUUUGCAAAUUGUCUCAGACGAAGAGAGGAAGAACCACAUGAUUCGAUUCGACUUCAGAGAGAAUUAUGGUGUCCAUUCUAUUUUAAGACAAUACAUAAACAACCAGUACCAUGAGUGGUUACAUCCAUCUAGCAAGCCAUCAAACGAUAGCGAUGAGACACCCUUCAAAUUUUCUACCAUUUCACAUUCUUACUUUGGUUUCUACGCAGACCAGUUUUUUCCUAGGGGUGUUCCAGUGAUUCCAAAACUAAUUCAUCGGUGGUUGUCACCACGAGUUCUAGCAUACUGGUACAUGUACGGGGGACACAGAACGUCAUCCGGAGACAUUCUCUUAAGGCUGAGGGGAAGUCUAGAAGGUGUUGAGAAGGUAGUGAAAACAUUAAAAGCAAAAUCUCUAGAUUGCAGGGUGAAGAAGAAAGGGAAAGUGUUUUGGAUAGGUCUCAUGGGAAGCAAUUCAACCUGGUUCUGGAAAUUGACAGAACCUUACAUCUUAGAAGACCUAAAAGAUUUUCUAAAAGCUGGUGGAACCGGAGAGAUUCAAGAUAUUAACUUUGAUAGUGGAUCUGAUUUGGAUUUGGACCAAAAGACUUCUGAUUACAGUGAGGAUGAUGAUACCUUGUAAAACCAGUCUAAUUCAUGGUGUUUCUUCUUGGCCAUUUCAGAUCAGGGUACACCUUAGAAAAUGAGGGUUGCCAAUUGCCAAUUGCCAAUUGCCAAAUUGACUGGAUCUAGAGGGCAGCCUCACCAAGCUUGUUAGCCAAAUUAUAUUUCCAUUUUCCAUAUAUUUACCAAACCUCAAUGUUGUACAAUGUACAUACAGUUCUAACUGGAUAUUUCAUAAAUUAUUAUUUAUGAAAUUGUAAUAUGUUAAAAAAAAUUUCUGGGAAUUUUAAGAAUUUAAGGCUACAAAUGGGAUGAGUUUUUUUUUUUUUUUUAUAAUACCCAUAUUGUAAUUGUAUUUAUUUUAUAAA